AUCAAUAGUCGAGUUAUAUACUAGGCUUGUGAUAUCUGACCAAUAAAAAGGAAGAAGGCAGUGAAGAAGAUAAAUAUAAUUCAACGCAAUUUUAUUAGUUUUAUCUGGUUUUGUUGAAAAUUAUUGAUAUUAAAACACAUAUUUUUAGAAGUGAAUAUUUUAGUGUUUCACCUUCAAGAUGAAUCGAAAGGAUCGCGAACAAAUAGAUUACUGCUGUGAAAGCAUUGUGUCCAAAAUUGAUCUGACGAAACUCUUACCAAAAUUAUUGGAAAACAAAGUUUAUAACAGAGACGAUGUAAACAUCCCACGGUGGUCGAAGAAUCUCGGGGCACAAAAUACAAUCAAAGAUGUAUUAUUGACAAUUAAAACAAGAGGACCGAAUGCAUUCAAAAAUUUGAUUCUUAGUCUAAGACAGUCCAAUCAUGAAGAUGUAGCUGAUAUAUUAGAGAAACAAAAUAAUACAAGUAGUAACACAAAUUUUAGACAAGAAAAUCCGUUGGAUCAUCAUAUUUUUUCUGAUGAAUUUUUUUCUGAACCUUUAACAAUCGAAGUAUGUAGGGCUACAAAAUUCUUAGAUUGUGAAUAUGAUCUCAUUGAGCGAUAUCCCAUGCGAAGUAAACCUCGUGGAUUGGUUUUGAUAAUCACUAAUAUUUAUUACGAAUUAUCGUAUGAAAAACCCAGAUUUUCGGCAAAACAUGACAAUAAUAAUUUAAAGAAAUUGUUUGAGGAAAUGGGUUUUACAGUUGUUACCUAUUUAAAUUUAACAGGACAGGCAAUGAAAGAUAUAAUUAAAGAAUUUUCAAAAAGAGAUGAUCUAAAUAAGGUCGAUUCGUGCUUUGUGAUCGUUACAAGUCAUGGUAUGGAAGAUGAAGAGAGUAACACAGAGAUCCAAGGCACUGAUUAUCAUAUCGCAAGUAGGCAAGCAAAUUAUGAAAAAGUUCUGUGCACAGAAGUCUGUGAUUACUUUACCGCAGAAGCUUGUCCUCAACUUGCAGAGAAACCAAAGAUAUUUAUUUUCCAACUUUGCAGAGGGAAGAAAAAACAAAACGGUGUAAUUCACUCUAGAAUCACUACAGACUCUUGUGCAGUGAAGUCAACAAAUGAAGCCAAUAUAGAAAUACCUCACAUUCAAACAAUAAGAAAUUAUUCAGAUAUGCUUAUAGUUCAAUCUACUUUGCCUGGGUAUGUUUCUUAUCGAGACUCCAAAACUGGUAGUUGGUUUAUACAAAUUCUUUGUAAAAUAUUCAUGAACCAUGCUCACAAAAAUCAUGUCCAGGAUUUAUUUAACAUGAUUGAUGCAGAGUUGAAAAUUCUUAGAACAACAAACCACGAAUGUCAGACGUCAUCUGUACAGUCAUUGGGAUUUAAUAAACAUUGUUAUCUUAAUCCCGGUCUUUUCAUGGAAUCAUGACGAAAGAAGGAAAAGUUAAACGUUUCAUUGCAUGAGCGAAAAUAUGCAAUAUUUUCAUAUUCUAUCAUGAAUAUUUUAAUACAUUUAAGUAUCAGUACUAUUUUAUAUAAACAGUGUAUACUAAAAAGCAGUAUUCUAAUCAUGUCUUUAUUAUUAAUCAGAUGAAUGUUCGUAAAGUGAUAUUUUUCUAUGUUAUUCUGCAAUAUUUACCACAUAAUUACAUGAAAGUAAAAAUGGAGAAACAAUAUGAAAGAAA